UUCAAGUAGUAGUCAAACCAAACGAACCAAAUCGAGAAACGAAUACACAGCUAGAUACUUUCUCAAAAUCCAAAAUUUAAAAAUUAUCCAUAAUUGAAAAAUUAUCAAAAAUUUGUAAAUAAUGAUUUAUGCAAUCGUGGUACACAUACUGUCCCUGCUGGUGGGCUGUUUCUAUCCAACAUUCGCGUCCUACAAAAUCCUGAGCAAUCAGAAAUGUAGUGACAAUGAUCUUCGCGGGUGGUUGAUCUACUGGACUGUCUAUGGAGUUUUUGUGGCUUUUGAUUAUUUCACUGCGGGUCUGUUGGCAUUCAUUCCAUUACUAAGCGAAUUCAAGCUGCUUCUCUUGUUUUGGAUGUUGCCCUCUGUGGGCGGCGGCAGUGUGGUGAUUUACGAGGAGUUCCUGCGAUCCUUUAGCUGUAACGAAUCCUUCGACCAGGCCCUGGGACGUAUCACCUUAGAAUGGAGAGAAUUGGCCUGUCAACAAGUUUGCUCUGUUCUUAGCCAUUUGAUGAUCUUGGCAGAUCGCUAUCUCUUGCCCCGCGGACAUCGUCCUGCCCUCCAAAUAACGCCCAGCAUCGAGGAUCUGGUCAACGAUGCCAUUGCCAAGAGGCAGUUGGAAGAGAAGCGGAAACAGAUGGGUAACCUAUCAGAUACCAUCAACGAGGUUUUGGGAGAAAAUAUCGAUUUAAAUAUGGAUCUGCUGCACGGAUCCGAAUCUGAUUUACUGGUCAUCAAUGAGCCUAUUUCCAAGCCCAAGGAGAGACCUCCAAUACCGCCGAAGCCAAUGCGUUAGCCGUCAUCGACCAACCAGCAAGAAAUGAAUCUUUCGUAGCAGUUUAUGCAACAUCAAUUGAUGUCCUCAAUAUGUCAGACAGAAGUUAUCAAGGUUCAAAGCGUUCGAAAAGCAUACAUCUCAGAAAUAAAGUUUAUACAAAAAAAGCA